CUCCCUCCCUACCUCCAUGCUUCACUGCAACUGCUCUCUCUUCUCUCUGCGUCGUCUCGUCUCGUCUUUGGUUGUGAGAAAUAAGGAUGGGUGAGAAAAGCAAGAUAUUGUUUAUCGGAGCCACUGGGUACAUCGGACGGUUCAUAGUGCAGGCGAGUGCGAAGGCAGGCCAUCCGACGUUCGCUUUGGUGAGAGAAAAGACGGUUUCUGAUCCUGCUAAGGCUCCCAUUAUCCAAUCCUUCACUUCUGCUGGCGUCACCCUUCUUCAUGGUGAUCUUUACGACCAUGAGAGCCUUGUGAAGGCCAUAAAGCAGGUGGAUGUUGUGAUCUCAACCGUUGGUCAUGCUCAACUGGCGGACCAGGAUAAGCUCAUUGCCGCCAUCAAAGAAGCAGGAAAUGUUAAGAAGUUUUUCCCUUCCGAGUUUGGAAAUGAUGUCGAUAGAGUUCAUGCAGUUGAGCCUGCAAAGUCUGCUUUUGAAACAAAAGCUAAGAUUCGUCGUGCCAUUGAAGCCGCAGGCAUUCCUUAUACUUAUGUAUCUUCCAACUUUUUUGCUGGUUAUUUCCUUCCCACCCUAGCACAACCUGGAGUUACCUCUCCUCCAAGGGAUAAGGUUGUCAUCCUUGGAGAUGGAAACCCUAAAGCUAUAUUUGUUAAGGAAGAUGACAUUGGCACCUACACCAUCAAAGCUGUGGAUGACCCAAGAACAUUGAACAAGAUCUUGUAUCUCAGACCCCCUGGCAACAUAUACUCCUUCAAUGAGCUUGUGGCACUUUGGGAGAAGAAGAUUGGAAAGACCAUUGAGAAGACCUAUGUUCCAGAGGACCAAGUCCUCAAGAACAUUGAAGAGACUCCCUUUCCUGUAAAGAUUGUGAUUGCUAUCGGGCAUUCAGUCUUCGUGAAGGGUGACCAUACCAACUUCGAGAUUGAGGAGUCUUUUGGGGUAGAAGCCUCCAAGCUCUAUCCAGAUGUGAACAACACCACUGUGGAUGAGUACCUUAACCAGUUUGUCUGAACCCCUUUUGCUUUUCUUUGUUCUCACUUCAUAAAAUAAUAAUACAGAAGGGGAGGUCGAUUGUGUUAUUUCUAUCAGGUUGCUUUAAGAGAAUUAGAAAGAAACAGAGCUCUUCUAUGUUGGACCACUGUUUCAUGUGUCGUGUAUGUAUCCUUGUUGAGAAAUUCAGCUGGUAAGUUGCACGUCUCUUUGGAGUUCUCAUUGAGAUAAUUUGCUAGAAGUGAACCGACUGUCCUCCAGCAGAUUAAUGCUUUCAUUGCUUUGAUUCAGAUACCUGAACAUCUAUAUUUUUUGGGUGUUGGGGCACUGCUUUCUAAAUAUGAUUCAGAAGAUUGGGUGUUUGAUGGUUU